CAUUUCGAAUUACCCUCAACCCUCAUCAUAGUUUUCUCCUCCUUAGAGCCAUUAGAUCGAAUUCGAUCAUUUCGGAUUUGAUCUGAUGGUUUUGAACUUCUAAUUACUAGUCUAAGGUAAUCUAAAGUCAUAUCUCUCUCUCUCUCUCUCUCAUAUUUUUACAUUUCUUUUUUUCUUGUACUUUUUGUCUCUUGGAAAAGAAUUUUCUAUACACUAUAUAUCAAGAUGGAAAAGGUUAUGAGGUUGGCAACUGAAAAGGGGGUGGUGGUUUUCACCAAGAGCUCUUGUUGCCUCUGCUAUGCAGUCAACAUUCUCUUCCAAGAGCUUGGAGUGAUCCCUGUGGUUCAUGAAAUUGACAAAGACCCUGAGGGAAAGGAAAUGGAGAAAGCUAUAACAAGGUUGGGGAGUCCUACACCUGUUCCUGCAGUGUUCAUCGGAGGGAAGCUGGUGGGGUCCACCAAUGAAGUCAUGUCCCUCCACCUUAGUGGUUCACUCACUCAACUGCUGAAACCAUAUCGAGCUUUGUCUUAAAGAGGAGUGCACAUGCAAAUUAAAAAGCGUUCCUGCUACCUUAUUGGAAGAAUAAACACAUGCAGUAUAGUAGUAACUACUAAGUCGAUCUAAUAUAAUUGGAUAUAUGGUCUAUGCAGUGAUGCAUGUGUGAAGUAGUUAAUUUCUAGCAUUUGAUUAUUAGCUAUAUAUAAUUAAUGUAAUGUGUUAUAAUUAUUCUUAAUGAAGUUUUAUUUGUAUUGAUGAUGUA